AGUUUUCAUGAAAUGUUUCGAAGUUCUUAUAUGUAACUCUUUCAUAAAAAUUAAAAAAUAAAUUUAAAAAAAUAUUGAAGAUCAUUGAGAAAUUGGAAGCUAAUGAAAUAUUACUUAAGUGCAAAAGUGAAAUGAUAUUCGUGUUAAAUGAGAGAAAAACCUUAUUAAGCGACUACUAAGAGGGAUGACAUGAAGUACUGAUGUGUUAAAUCACCAACGUUAAAACUUCUUACAUAAAACAUUUAGGAAUCAUUCACCGUGAAAAAGGAUUGACAGAAUAUUAAAUACAACGACUUUAGAAAAGAAACUUUAAUCAUGGCUAAUCUGGCGAGCACACGUUUUUCAGAUAAUUACGAAAUUAAGGAAGAAUUGGGAAAGGGAGCAUUUUCAAUUGUGAAACGUUGUGUUCAAAAAUCAACAAGCUUGGAGUUCGCUGCAAAAAUAAUCAACACAAAAAAAUUAACUUCCAGAGAUUUCCAAAAAUUGGAACGUGAAGCUAGGAUUUGCCGAAAAUUACAGCAUCCGAAUAUUGUGAGGUUACAUGACAGCAUUCAAGAAGAGAACUAUCAUUAUCUUGUUUUUGAUCUAGUCACUGGGGGUGAACUGUUUGAAGAUAUUGUUGCCAGAGAAUUCUAUUCGGAAGCUGAUGCUUCUCACUGCAUUCAACAAAUUUUAGAAUCAGUUAACCAUUGUCAUCAAAAUGGUGUUGUUCAUAGAGACUUAAAACCAGAAAAUCUCUUAUUAGCUAGUAAGGCAAAAGGAGCUGCUGUAAAGUUAGCUGAUUUUGGAUUAGCAAUUGAGGUUCAGGGAGAUCAGCAAGCCUGGUUUGGUUUCGCUGGAACACCAGGUUAUCUCUCACCUGAAGUAUUGAAGAAAGAGCCAUAUGGGAAAGCUGUCGAUAUUUGGGCUUGCGGCGUUAUUCUUUAUAUUCUGCUUGUUGGUUACCCACCCUUCUGGGAUGAGGAUCAACAUCGACUUUAUGCGCAAAUCAAGGCUGGAACUUAUGAUUAUCCAUCACCUGAAUGGGAUACUGUGACCCCAGAAGCUAAAAAUUUGAUCAACCAAAUGCUGACUGUGAAUCCAUACAAACGAAUAACUGCUUCAGAAGCUUUGAAGCACCCUUGGAUCUGCCAACGAGAACGUGUUGCGUCAGUUGUUCAUAGGCAAGAAACCGUUGACUGUUUGAAGAAGUUCAAUGCGAGACGAAAACUAAAGGGUGCUAUUCUAACCACUAUGUUAGCAACUAGAAAUUUUUCGAGUAAAAGUAUGAUUACGAAAAAAAGUGAAGGAUCGCAAGUUAAAGAAAAAGAAUCUACUGACUCAAGUACAACCAUUGAAGAUGAUGAUGUGAAAGGAGGCGUGGAUAGAAGUUCAACUGUCAUAGCUAAAGAUCCUGAAGAAUGUCAAGGCAAAUCAACGAACCCAACAGUUGGUCUUAUUGGUUCAUCACUUAUUAAUGUAAUGCCUGUAAUAGGUGGUGUAGCAUCAAACUCAUUAUUAUGCGGAAAUGAUUCAAUUCCGAGCAAUGAUCAUAUAAAGAUGCUAAGCACUCCAGGAACGAGUGCAAUAACAAGCUUAAACAAUAUUUUUGCUGGUGAGGUUAAUAAAAAAUCUUCAAAAAAUUCUGCACCAACUCUACCAACAACUCUUGAACCAUUCGCUAUAAAGUUCCACUCAAAUUCGAAGGAAAAUAUUUCAAUUGAGUUUAUUCAAGCUCGGCGUCAGGAAAUCAUCAAAAUGACUGAACAACUUAUCGAAGCCAUCAAUAAUGGAGAUUUUGAAACAUAUACCAAGAUAUGUGAUCCUCAUUUAACUGCAUUUGAACCGGAGUCGUUGGGAAAUUUAGUAGAAGGGAUGGAUUUUCAUAAAUUUUAUUUUGAAAAUGUAUUGGGUAAGAAUUGCAAAGCUAUCAAUACCACAAUCCUUAAUCCACAUGUUCAUUUAUUGGGAGACGAAUCGGCCUGUAUAGCUUAUGUUCGGCUAACUCAAUACAUGGAUAAGCAAGGUCAUGCUCACACUUAUCAAUCGGAAGAAUCACGUGUAUGGCACAAACGCGAUAACAAAUGGCAGAAUGUACACAUUCAUCGUAGUUAUACAGGCAAUCAUAGCGGAGUUGCUCCUUUUGAUUUUGGUCAAGGAAGCAAAUGAAACUAGGAUUAUAUGAUGUAUGGCUAUUAACACUUUUUCUCAAUACAGAUUUUUAUCUCUUAAUUUGUCCAUGACAUAUAUCGUAAUCUCAAAAAUAAUUAAUAAUAUGUUAAUGAAAUAAGAAACGGUAAUCGAUGGUGAAAUGACAAUUUAAUCAAAUUAUUUAAAAUCAUCAAUUUCUCUUCAUUGUGAAAGUAAUUAACUUAUGAGAGCGAAUAAUUUGCAUCAAUUUAAAAAUAUUUUAAGAAUUUCAUUUGAGAGCAAGUUUUUCUAAAUCUUUCGAAAAGAAAUAAAAAUCAUUUUUAAUAUUUUAAAGUUCAUUAGAAAAAAAUUAAUAAAAUAAUUGAAGCGUUUAUAACUGGAUUAUGCAAUGUGUGAUUUUAAGAUUUAAAGGAACUUCUCUUUGUUUUUGUUCAUUAUCUCAAUAGAAGAGAAAAGAAUAUUUGUCGUGUUUGAUUUCUGCAAAAGAAACAUUCUUUAAGAUACGAUCCGCCUUCCAUUGUCACAAAAUUUCUUUAACAUUUUUGGAUUCUUCUCGUUAUUUAAGAAAAUUAUAUAAAUGUUAAGUGUUUUUAUUUACCAAAAUGUUCCAAUUCAAAGAAAAAAAAAUCAUUAAACGGUUCAACGAUUAAGAACAUAAAUAAGUUCAUAUAGAUUGUGGAAUUUCACUAGAUAUUUGCAAAGAAUUUGUUCAUUGAAAUUUUAAAGAAAAUUGUGAAUUGGAUUUAUUCAAAAUUUUGAUGAAACUGAAAAAUGAUUUGAAACUUGACCAGAAAAUAAAUAAAUAUGAUCGUAAAUUAUUCACAUAAAGAAAUAUGUACAUGCAUCUAUAUAAUAUAAAAACUCAUUUAAUUACUUACAUUAUAUGAAUGCUCUCUUUUAUAAUUUAUUAUUAUUUUGGUCAGUUUUAAAUUAAAUAAACAUAUUUUCUAUAAACUGGAAUCCAUAUAGAUCCAUAUUAGUUGCAUUCAAAUUGAAAUAACUAGUCAAAAAACUUGUGAGUUAGGUGAACAGCCUAAAGAAUUUUCACUUAGCUUGAAAUUUGGAAACAAAUUAUUAAAAUGUUAACUAAUUUGUAACAUCGAUCGAUUAAGGGGCUAUAAUUAUAUAUUUUUUUAGCAACCUUAACAGAUUCUGUUGACUUUUUUCAUGAGAGCAAAAUUUUAAUUACAUACAAUAAAUUCAAAAGGCUAUGAAAAAAUAUUUUUGGUUUAUGGUGAAAAUUUUAUUUAAUACCAUUUAGAUUGAAAUUCAAGGAAAUAUUAGAUCCAGAAAAGAGAUAAUAUUUAAUACAAUCAUUAAGAUUUAUAAAGUAUAACUAGAUACAUAUAUAUGUUUUUGAAAUAAAUUUAAAUGUUUGAAAAUCUCAAAAUUGCAAAGCUUAACUUAUCUAUUUAAAACUCUUAUCAUUAAAAACUUAUUCGGAAGGGUUUCAUUAUAUUUUUCCCAAUAUUUUAUUAUUUAUUUUUAAAAUAACUUAAUCAAACGAGAGUUGUAACAACUUUUUAUAAACAAAAAAUAGUGGUUAUAUCGAGAACAUUACGACUCAACUAUUUCAAUCUCAACAUAAUAUCGGUCGGUGAAGAAAUGACUGAAAUUAAUGAAAAAGUAAACCUUUAAAAUGAAGACCAAUUUUUUUUUGUCAUCAAAGCAUGAAAAAUUUGAAUCCAAUUUUUAUGAUGCUAUUAUCUAAAUUCUAAAAAUUUUUUAAAAAACAUGGAAAAUCCAUGUAGUUUUUUCAACAAACAAAGAAAUGUCUGAAGAGAUAAAACGAAUUACAUUUGGAAUAAUUGAUUAUUUAGGUUUAUCUGUAUAUCAAUUUAGAGUAAAAUGUAUGUGAAAUUGGAUAAAUAUGAUAGAAUGAAAAAUUAUAACGUAUCUACUACAUCUGUCCGACGAAGAGCUUUAACAAGAAUUUAUUAAGGAAAAACAUCUUGAAAUAAAUUAAAAUGAAUAAAUUUUCUGCCUAUCCAUAAACCUGAUCAUUUUAUAUUUAGUUUGAAAGAAAUUAUAAAUUUGUUGAAUUUGAUAAACUUUUCGGUGAAGCA